UACCCCCUUCACCCUAAAUCCCUUCCCCACACACAGCUGCACUGGGAGAACUGGAGAAGGGUGUUUGUGUGAUUUGGAAUAAGUUUGGCAGGAGAGUAGGUGUGGAGGGGAGAAUGAGGUUCAAUUCGAUAGUUGAGGAUAACACACCGUCUGAGAUUUGUCUGAAUCAUGAGCGGUUUCUUUGGUUCGUGGAUACAGGAUGACGCCCAACAUUACUUCUCCAACCCAUUCCCUAUCUACAGCCCCCAACUCUAGAGAUUGGAUUAGAGAUUUCUCAAGUAGAGAUGUGUCCCAGCUACUGCCCCCAGGGCAGAGACAUUGAGAGCAGCGCCAAGAGCUUGUGUGGGCAGCAGGGAACACGGCUGCAAGUGUAGAUGUAGAAGCUCUGAGAGAAGGCAGCAGGACACUCCAGUGGAUCCACAGCUGCGAUUCGGGGAGGACUUGGCACUCUUGCCGUCUGAGAACCCUGUGGAUUAUUUACUGCUUGGAAAGGAUAAGGAAAACUGAGUUGGCCUUAGAACAGCGACUUCACCAAGGCCCAGUGUUAGGCCAACCAGGAGCUUGCAUCUACUGUGGUCUCCAGCACAGACUGGUGUGUGACAGUUGAAUGACCUGAAAGGGAAGAAAAAGCACAUUUGAGUUUUUUAAAAAAAUAUUUACACAUAAAUUUCAGACUUGGCCAGAUCUGCGCCACUGCGUGCAGCAGGGGUUUGAUGGAAGCCCUCUCCCCGGGGGACAUGUCGAGUGCCAGCCUUCCCCCACUCCGUAACCUGCCCCAGUGGUCCCGGGUUGGGACAGUCCAGAGGAGCCGCUACCCCCGCUCCUUCUUCCAGGACAAUGUCAAGCAUCUACCCUUGUCGCCCAACGCAAAGACAACCAAAAGUGAGGUCCCGCACCAGCUCAGCCCCCUGUACGAGCAGCGGGACAUAGACCCAAACCUGCGGGUAGUUGCCCUGGAGAAGAAUCUCAAGUUCCUGCAGGAGCAGCACUCAGAAACUCUGGGCAAACUACACCAGGAAAUCGAACUGCUCAAACGGGCUAACCAAGAUCUCCAUUUCAAAAUGAUAAUGAAUCAGAGGCUGACCCCUCAAGAGGGGAGUUCACUAUGUGUUAGUCCAACUGGGUCAUUCUCAGAUACUGCUCAAUUGAGUUCCAGAGAUCAUUCUACAGGUAGAAAACAUGCUCAGAAAGGUAAUCAGCGCCGAGCUAUACAGCAAGAAGAUCGGGUCAAGGAGCAGAGAAUGGCACUGAAAGAGCCACAGAAGCACAACUCUGCUCGGCGAAAACUCUCCACAGAGGCAGCUAACAGGCGGACCAAUGGACCUGAAGCAUCACAGCAAUCCAGUUUGGUCUUACCUGUGCUGACUCUUCAACCAGAAUUAGAUGAGACACAGAUACUUGUUACAUCACUGACACCCCUUUUGAUCCAGAUAGAUCCUUCUGAAUCACCUCGAGCUCCAACAUUGCAGGAAUGUGCAAUCAUCGUCCGACACUUACACAAUACCAGCAGCUUACAGUCUCAGGAGCUCCUGCGUUUGAAGACGAGUUUGAAAGAUCUGCUAUACUCCAACAAAUGGACUCCGGAUGCCUACCUCCUUGCUAAGGCUUACCUAGCUGAUUUGAGCCAGGAACGGGAUGUUGUGCAGCUGCCCAAAGUGCCUUUGAAAGAACCACCAAAAAAACUACCUGAAACCAUGCUACCAACAGCGGACAGAGUCAUACUUCCUGCAUUGAAGCAUACAGUGGGAAACCGAGCCACAGAGAGACAGAGGCGACUGCAGGCCGUGCAGAAGAACCGCUGUCGGAAGGUUCUACUGUAGCACUCUGAGUCAGUGAGAGACUCUAGUGCACAGAAGCUCUAUGGCCACUAAAUUUAUAUCUGCACUUAAUAAUCUGAAGCACAUGCACUCUUGUGGACAUUGAUGUGAAUGGACUGACUGUGUGCAUUUGUUCUACAGGAGAACCUGCUUUACUAUGCAUUAAAAUAUUCCUUAAACUA